GUUGCAUUGCUUCUGCAUUCUGAUUCUUCAAGCCUCUUUUGUAUGAAGUUUAGCACAAUGUUUUACGCUGUGACUGACCUGAAUGGCGCGCUGGAGAAAACAAUGAAAGGAGCGGACAAAGCGAUUGUGGCAAAGUCCUUUGGAAAAUGGGAAAGCGGCUCUCUAAGGUCCAGGACCGUGGAGAAGCCGGAUGAGCCGUCCGAGGAGAGUAAGGGGGAGAACCUGUCCAACUGCACCUGUGUAGCCCCCCGACGCGGCAAGAAACCAGCCGAUGAUGAAUUACAUGAUCACCUUCUGAGAGACUACAAGUGUGAAAGCAUCGACCGGCGCGGACAGUUCGGAGCUGGAAUCUCAUCCUACGGAGCGCUCGGAAAACUACCGUCGAAGAUGGAUUCUGAAGGUGAGGAGCAAACCCUGAGAACGAGGAACGGUGACACAGGAUCGGCCGACCGCGUCGCCGAGACUCACAGCCCGUACGGCUCCGUGGCGAGGAAGAGGAGCGCUCAGGAAGGGGUGCAGGGCGCCCCCGUCAACAAGAGAAAGUCCCUGCUGAUGAAGCCCCGCCACUACAGCCCCAGCGAGGCAUGUGAAGAGGAGAGCGAGGACCUGGCACCGCCGCAGGACAAAGAAGAGCCGAGGAACAUUGACACUCCAGCAGAUGGGAACUUAUGUGCCAUCAAUGGAGUCGCCUACAGAAACGGCUACGACGCCGAGUCCAGCGACUCCCUCGGGUGUUCAGAGGUCACCUCCGACGGCGAGCCGGACGCCGGCGACGAGGAGCUGCCCGACAGCGAGAGGGACGACCAAACUGAAGACCUGAUGAGCGGCGCGUCUUCCCUCCUCAGUCCUUACCGAGACCCCGGGUAGGCCGAGUGUGAGCCGCCGCGUCUGUCCCGCUGCAGCCCCCCCGCCGCCACGGAAGACCCGUCGGGGCGGGAGCGGCCCGCGUGAAAGGCGGAGCCCCGCUCGGAGGCGGGGCGGCCCGGCGGGCCUCCUUCGGGGCGAGGCGCUGCUGAGGUACAGGCCGCUGCCGCGGAGGAGGACGGCGAGGGCGAGGCGGAGGCGGAGAGGCCCCCCCAGCCGGACGGAUGGGGCCUGGGCCUCCACGAAAGAGGGCUGGAAAUGGGCCGAGGGAGGGUGAACUUCAGCCUGUUGGAGCAGGCCAUCGCCCUGCAGACGGAGCAGAGGCAGGUUCUGCACCACGCCUACAGGGAGAUGGACCGGUUCCUCAUGGAGCAGAUGACCAGCGAGAGGAGGCACCACAGGAUGAUGGACAUGGACGGCAGACUGAGCUUCCACGGAGGCAAAGAUUCCCCCCGCACAGAUAAAAAGGACAUAAAGUGUCCAACUCCUGGCUGCGACGGCACCGGUCACGUGACCGGCCUUUACCCGCAUCACCGCAGUCUGUCCGGGUGUCCUCACAAAGUCAGAGUUCCCCCAGAGAUCCUGGCCAUGCAUGAGAACGUCCUCAAGUGCCCCACGCCCGGCUGCACGGGAAGAGGUCACGUCAACAGCAACCGUAGCACCCACCGGAGUCUCUCGGGCUGCCCCAUCGCCGCCGCCGUGAAAGUCUCCAAACCUCAGGAGGAGAGCCCGAAGUGCAGACAAACGCCUGACUGCUCGCCCAGAGCCAUCGGCUUGAUGAAGAAGUUUGAGAUGAACCAGUUGAACUACCGGCUCUCUCAUCCGGUAGCAGCCCUGAAAACGAGCCUGGCGAAGGACAUGGACAAGUACAGCCGGAUCCGCUUCGACUACGCCAGCUUCGACGCACAGGUCUUCGGCAAACAGCCUCUGAUGGGCGCCAGCCAGGACCAGGAAAUGCCACAUUUCCCCGAUUCGCCCCAGCGGUACCACGCCUUCCUCGGCGCUCCAGGUGGCGGCUUGCCCGCCUCGGGUCAGCGCAGCCCGCCGAGUCAAUUCAGGAAAGAAGACGGCCUCCAGGCCGCCGCGGCGACGGCCGCCAUCCUCAACCUCUCCACUCGCUACCGGAAGAACAUGGAGGCGGUCGCCGGCAGGCCCUUGGCAACCUCCACAAAGGACGUGCCCAUAGAGGUGGACGAAAACGGCACCUUGGACCUGAGCAUGAAGAAGAGCAAAGACAGCGGCAAAGGCCCCCUGGACGACUCGCUGUCCCUCGCCGAGGCCGCCAAGGGAGGCGGCGUGCUCGUCGGCCCCGCCUUCUACCAGCCGCUGUGUGAGAGGGACGGCUGGGACGGCCCGCUCCCGCUCCACUUCAACAAGGCUCACGUGUCACCGGACGCGGAGGAAUACGAUCACAUGUCUGUUCUGGAAGAACAACACUAACAAGUAGACGGCAGCGUGAUGAGCCCCCAAGCCAAGCUGCUGCUGCGGGACGCGAAGAAAGAGCCUCUGAACUGUCCCACCCCGGGCUGUGACGGCAGCGGCCACGUGACGGGCAAUUAUGCAUCACAUCGGAGUGUGUCUGGGUGUCCCCUGGCUGACAAAACACUCAAGUCGCUGAUGGCAGCCAACUCUCAGGAACUAAAGUGCCCAACACCUGGUUGUGAUGGAUCGGGACACGUGACUGGGAACUACGCUUCGCACAGAAGCUUGUCAGGAUGUCCACGUGCCAGAAAGGGAGGUUUGAAGCUCACACCAGACAAGGAUGACAAAGAUGAGCAAGAGCUUAAGUGUCCAGUGAUGGGAUGUGACGGACAGGGCCACACAUCAGGAAAAUACACCUCCCACCGCAGCGCCGGCAGCUGUCCACUGGCUGCCAAGAGGCAGAAGGAGUCGUCCGUCAGCGGGCUGCCCUUUGCCUGGAAGGCCAAUAAGCAGGAGCUGCCCCACUGCCCCCUGCCUGGCUGCAACGGCCUCGGACAUGCCAAUAACGUGUUUGCCACUCACAGAAGCCUGUCGGGUUGCCCGCUGAACGCACAGAGCAUCAAGAAGAAGCACUCGGAGGAGGAGAUGAUGACCAUCAAGCUGAAAACCAGCAGCGGUGUCGAAAACAAAGAAGACAUUCAACAUUUGGAUCAUGAAAUCCAGGAGCUGAAUGAAUCCAACAUGAAAAUAGAAGCAGAUAUGAUGCAACUUCAAACGCAGCAGAUCUCGUCUAUGGAAUGCAACCUGCGGACGAUCGAGGAGGAGAACAGGAUGAUCGAGCAGCACAACGACGGCCUUCUCAAGGAGCUCGCACGCCUUAGCCAAGCUCUCAUCAACAGCCUGACGGACAUCCAGCUGCCUCAGAUGGGACCCAUCAGUGAGCAGAAUUUUGAAGCCUAUGUGAACACGUUAACCGAUAUGUACAACAACUCGGAGCACGAAUACUCUCCGGAGUGCAAGGCCCUCUUGGAUAACAUCAAGCAGGCUAUUAAGGGCAUCCACGUUUGAGCGAGCGAGGGGCUUCUUUGACUCGGGGUAAUGGCACUAGAUGGCUCUGUUUGACCGGGGAGGGGAGGCUCGGCUGCAUGUAUAAGACGAGGCUCCUGGUAAACGCGCUGCACUGAGAAGAACGACCAGCCAGAUUUGUAAUGCUUUUACCGUUUCUGCGUUCACUUGAUAUGUUUAUCUUGGUGAGAUUUUUACCCCUCUUGCACUUAAUUAUUUUGUAUGGUUUGCUUGAUUUUAAUCUGUAUCUCUUCAUGUCAUUCUUAUAUUAUCACUAUUUAUUAUUAUUAUUAUAUUUGUUCAUCAGUGUAUUUAUUUCCUUGAUUUUAUUUAUUCCUUGAAUUGUAAAUGCUUAAUAAUUAAGGAAUAUGUUUGACUUUCUGCACAUUGUAAAUUUACAUAGAAGCACAUUCCAAUUUCAUGGCAUACUUUCGCCAUCUAGUGUUGAAAAACUUAUAUUAUUAUUAUUAUUAUUAUUAAAGCAUAAGUUGGAUCUCCCUUCAAAGUAAAAAACUACCAAAACGACUAAGAAUCAAUAUUUUUAAGCAUUGCUUUUGCUUUCUUUAUUGGAAACUGAAUGUAUGGUGAGACAAAGUGAACACUGAGAUAAAAAAAAAAUGCAAUGCAACAGUACUGUACCUUUUCCUUCUUAACCCAAUAACAGCUGAAUGCAAACAGGAAGUGACACUGAGCUAAAGCGCAACAUCAUUCGGUGACCUGAAUGUCCACAUUCUGCUUUGCAUAGAAGGAGUGCGACACAAAUCAAAAAUCCACUUUGUCGAGAUGUCUUUUUUAAAAUAUAGAUAUUAAACUGCCUUCUGUGCACACACUUUGAAGUGUGCAUAUAGUAUGUGCCUAAAUGUAUAUGAAUCCAUAAAAGUAUACGAGUACUAUGUUUUGUGGUAGGACAGUAUUAUGUGGAUGGUGUCUAAUUUAUUAUACAGUACAAUUAUUUUCAUAGGAGGAAACGUUCCUGAUGACUGUUUAAAUGCCGUUGUCUCAGUAGCCGUAAUCUCAGAGGCCGGUUUUGAAAUAUCACAACUGAGAUUGAAGUCUGGUGUUUAUUUGACCUUUUGCGAGCAUGGUGAGAGGGGAAAAAAUAAAGAGCGAAUAGAAAUAUCAGCAACAUCCAUUCCCGUUUUAUCUUAAACUGCUUACAAGCCUUAAGAUCCCAACCAGUCGUACAGUUUGAGUAUAAUUGUAACGCUUGGGGCAGAUUUGAAUAGUAGAUAUUUCAAAAACCGAGCUGUCCACCACCACAACUAGCAUUUUGAUUUCAAUCAUUUAAAGCAAAACGAAAAAGAAAAGAAAAAAAGAAACGACAACAUAGACAAAUGGUAGUUGUUGGCAUCAAUUGCACUUUUGUAUCUAAUUAUUUUGUAUUUUUAGUUCAACGUACAGCCGUUAACUAACAAAAGAGGGAAACGUGACACGUUGUCACAUCACUGUUCCGGUGCGAGUCUCAUGAAGUUAAAUAAAAACGACACAGUAAUUCAGUUGAGCAAUACAUUUUUCAUUUUUGCAAAAAUAAGUCAAAGACAUGUAGCCAAGGACAAUUCCAAGAGAAAAAGACGGAACAGCAAAACAGCCAAAUUACAGAAAAUGUGACCCUGUUUUUAUCCAAAAACUCAAUGAUUUAAAGAAUUUUGAAAAAGAUGGAAUCAAACUCUUUAAACCUAGCAAUCCUUUAUUUAUUUAAGAUAUUUAAUUCCUAUACCACACAUUGUUUGCUCAGGAAGUUUUGUGAAUAAUAACAAUUUUUCCCCGUUAGUAUUUGAUGUUUUGUAAUGUGAAAUGCUUUUUUUUGUGGAACGAUAUUAGUAUGAAUUAUGAAAUUGUAUUGUAUUUUCUUUUAAAUUAAAUUAAACGGUAAUGCUUUUUUUCAGUUGAAGUAGUUUGUAAAUUGAAAACUUCCUAUUACUUUUACUAUUUCAUAAUAAACAGAUAUGCGCUGUGUUGUACAGUUUGUGUAUGGUAGAAAUAAACUUUUCAAAUGGU